AUGGAUCCUCCACCUCUUUCUGCCGCCACCAUGGUUACUACCACCACUCAUAAAAAUCAUCCAGAUUCCAUAGAGUCUUCGUCUCCACGUUCCCGUAACGCAGAAAUAUGGAAUGAUGAGACUUUACCGGUUGUUCCUGGCGCCAAGCUGCGUCUCAUGUGCAGCUAUGGUGGCCACAUCAUGCCUCGCCCUCAUGACAAGACACUCUGCUAUGUCGGCGGUGACACGAGGAUUGUGGUGGUGGACCGCCACUCUUCGUUGAAAGACCUGUGUGCUCGGCUUUCCCGAACCAUUCUCCAUGGAAGACCCUUCACGCUCAAGUACCAGCUUCCCCAUGAAGACCUUGAUAGCCUCAUCACUGUCACCACUGAUGAAGAUCUUGACAACAUGGUGGAAGAGUAUGACCGAAUUAUGGCCAAAGGUUCAGCUUCUUCACGGCUCAGGGUGUUCUUGUUCUUCACAAAACCUGAGGCCACUGUUUCUAUGGGGUCACUACUUGAUGAUGUGAAGUCAGAGACAUGGUUUGUUGAUGCACUCAACAACUCUGGGAUGUUAAACAGGGUAGUUUCAGAUACUGCUGGGGAUUCCUUUGUGAACCUUGAUGGUGUUGGUGGUGGUGUCAGUGCUAGUGGUUCAAGCAACAACUUGGAGGCUUUGCCCGAUACUAACAAUAACAAGGCUAAGAACUUGCCUGAUGUGGUGCAAUCAAGUCCUGGUUCACCCAUGAUGGAGAACAGUUCUUCUUCUUCUCCUUCUUUCUCUCCUUCUCUGGCAAAUCUGCCUCCGAUUCGGGUUCGUGUUGAUGACCAUGUUAGUAGGCUUCAACAAGAGAACAAGGUUGGGGGCGUGGUGGAGGAGCAGUUUGCUCAGAUGACAGUUGCAAGUGGGGUGAAGUCAGAUGAAGGGUUGGUGAAUGUGAUUUCUUCUGCAGUGGCUGCACCAUUAAUUUCCCCUGCUGUGACUAUGCCAUCUGCUGGGGUGGUUACUACUAGUGAUAACGUGAUGAAUAGAGUUGUUUCCGAGGAUGAGAGAUCAGAUCCUGGGUUUCGGAAGCCCCCUUUACCAUUGCAGCUUGUGCAGCCAAGGACUAGUGGUGGUUUUAGUUUGCCUUCUCCUGAUUCAGUUGCAAGUGAUAGUAGUAUUGCAUCUGCAAAUUCUUUCUCCAAGACUGUUUACUAUCAAGAUCAAGUCCAAGCUGCACUACUAGACAAUAAAGCAGUUGCUUUCCAAAAUGGCAAGAGUGAAAUAUCUGAUCAGGUGAUUCAGGUUCAUGGACAAGUUCAGGAUUCUGGCUACACAUUACCCCCACAAUUGGAUCAAAAUAGGCAACUCCAGCAGCAGAAGCCCUUGGUCCAUCCCAGCACUCACUACAUCCACCACCCUGCAGCCACAGGUCCAGUGCCAGUUGCAUCAUACUAUCCAGUUUAUGCCACACCGCCACAACAACUUCACCCUCCAAUUGGUCAGCAACAGUACCCAUUUUAUGUGAUGCCUGUUGGACCCACACAAGUAACACAACCAUACAACAUGGCCUUGCAGCCCAAUAUGACUGACCCAAAUGUUUUAGCCUCAGGCAGAACCCUAAUACCACAAACUGCUGUUACCUCAGCAGCAUACAAGGAUGGUACUCCACCCAUCUACCCCACCAAGUCAAUUAGCCCUACUAUACCUGAGCUGACUCCAAGUGUUUACAAGGCUCCUCCUGUGACAUCAACUCCUGCUUAUGCUCCAAUACCUCCCAACCAGUUUCAGCCACAGUAUGUGGGUUUGCCUCAGUUCCAUCAUUCACCACAGUCCAUUGCUGUGGCUCCCUCUAGUACUACUACUAAUUAUACUUAUGAAUAUGGUGGCCAUGUGCAAGACCAACCAUACUACACCCAACAACAAACCACUACUGCUCCAAUGCUACCCCAGUACCAAUCCAUGACCCCAGCUGCAGCUGCUGCAGCACUAUCAGAUGCUUCAAAACAGUUUCCUGCAGACAACAUUCAGCAGCAAAAUAGAGCAUCACAGCCAGUAUGA